AUGGAUCCUUUCGAGGUGCGUAUUCGCUUCACAGGACUCAUAGUCAACCUCAAUGCUAGUGUUAUGAGCGCUACAAAGGCCGCUCAAUAUGCUCUAAAAUAUCGGGACAUGGACGAAGAUCUACACAGCUGUAUCAUAGAACAGCUAGAGAUGCCACGUAAUACAAUGAAUAAUAAAGCCAAUAUUAUGUAUUUUAUAGAGCACCUUUGCGAUAUGGCGCGGAAAGAGAAGCAUGCCGACUACGUCAGAAUGGUACAAAGAGAUAUGGUACGAAUAGUAGAUGCUGUUGCUCCAGAGGAUGGUACUGGAGCUGCGAAUGUUAAAGUGGUACGAAAGGUCGUUCUUCAUGCAUUAAGAGUUAAAGAACACCUCCAAACACAUACUGUCACGGAAAUCGAAGAGCUGCUUAAAGAACGUGAACUGACUGCUACAGAGCAUGUUCUUUCCUCGCCUCAACUUGUUCAAACCCAACCAAAACCUAUCCCUCGUGCCAUUCCACCUCAAAAAGUAGAUCGUAAGGUGGCCGAACAGCGAAUAGAAGAAGACCGUGAAAGGCACAAAAGAUUGCGAGAAAAUAUCUGGGCCAUCCCAACUCCAUCUGCCGAAAUAACGGAAGCAGAUGAUUUAUGGGACAACACAAGUGAAAUAGGGGAAGAUGACAUCGAUUUAUACAAGGAAGAAGCUGAGGAGCGUGAUAUAUGUGUAAGAAAUUGGAAAGACGAUUGCAAAGAUCGAACAGGAAUCGAAUAG